CGACGAGCAAGAGGAUAACGAUGAAGAAAGGUUUGCCGAUGCGACGGCUGAUGCACAGGAGAACGUUUCACGCACACUUGCAGCAGUCAUUCAGGCAUUCGACGAAUACUGCUUGCCGCGCAGAAACGUAACGAUGGAGGCGUUCAAAUUUAAUUUGAUAACGCAAAAGGAAAAACAACCUUUCGGUGAAUUUGAAACGGAGCUGCGCACCCAAAGUCAAUUCUGCGAAUUCAAGUGUUCUUCUUGCCAAGCUUCAUACGCAGACCGCAUGCUGCGGGAUAAAAUUAUUAUCGGAGUGCACGACAAAAAACUGCAACUCAAACUUCUCGACGGAAAAGAUGAGCCACUUUCCAAAGUGGUGGAGACGUGCAAAAUUUUUGAAGCUGCGACGGAAAAUCGACUGCUGCUCGAUAGAAAGGAUGCGGGCAUGGAAAUCAAGGCCAUCGAGAUGACAGACGAUACCAAAUCGAAAAACGGAAUUCAGGAAGUUGCUGCUAUCAGUCGUAAAAAGUGCUUCAAUUGUGGACACCCCUACGUGCGCAAUCAUCACCGCAGCUGCCCGGCGAUUCGAGUAGAAUGCUUUGCGUGUGGUGACGUGGGUCACUUCAGGAAGUGCUGUCGGAAGCGGGCAUCAAAGGAUGAGCAGUACGCCAAGGCAUCGAGGACGGAACCGAGAUCGACAUCCGGAAAAGCGGCGUAUUCUGUAAACUGGAGUGACGCAGGUAAUGUUCUAUGUUCAGAGUAAGUGCUAACGUACGUGGACCAUCAUCCCAUAACAGUCGAGUAGACAGGUGGACGAAAGGUUAUCUCGUUUGCGGAAGUCGGGUCGAAUUCAAAUUAGAUACCGGAUCGGAUGUGAAUUGUAUCCCAAUCAACGUCGUUCGAAAGCUUAAUAUUAAAGUUCAUGAUUUUGAGAAUACUCCUGUACUUGACUACAGUGGAAACAAAAUUCGAAUUUACGGGAAGGUGAAACUUUCUUGUGUUGAUGCGUCUGAUAAAUGUGAAAGGGUUGCUGAUUUUCUGGUUGUUGGUGAUAGUUUUGAGCCACUGCUAGGGCUGUCUUCUUGUGUUGCCUUUGGGUUGGUUACGCGUCUGCAUACCAUAUACGACUUUCCAAACUGCAAAGACGAGUUUAUCAAACAAUUUCACGAUGUCUUCGAAGGAUUGGGCAAGAUUCCAGGGAAGUGCAGUAUCGUACUCAAAGAGGGCUCAGUUCCAACUGUUCACUACAAAAAGCGGAUACCGCAGGCGCUCCAUGAUCCUUUAAGAUCUGAACUGCAAGAAAUGGAGGCGCAAGGGAUAAUCUCACCGGUUGAUUACCCUACCGACUGGGUAAGUAAUAUGCAAAUAGUUGAAAAACCUAACGGGAAGUUACGCAUCUGCCUUGACCCUAAGCCAUUAAAUAGAUGCAUCAAGCGUGAACACUUUUUGAUUCCGACCCAGGAAGAUCUGUUUAGUCGUUUAUCAGGCAAGCGUGUAUUUUCUGUUCUUGAUCUGAGCAACGGGUUUUGGCAGAUGGAACUCGACAAGAAAAGCUCUGAUUUGACUACUUUUAUGACACCCUUUGGUCGUUUCCGCUGGAACCGAGUUCCGUUCGGGCUGAAUAAUGCUCCUGAAAUGUUCCAGCGCAGAAUGGUGCAAAUAUUCGGUGACAUAGAUGGGGUUGAAAUUUACUUUGAUGACCUGGCAAUCGCAGGUGUGGAUGAGGCGGACCAUGACAGGAUUCUUGCAAUAGUUCUUGAUCGCGCUCGUCAGUAUAAUGUAAAGUUCAAUCCCAACAAGCUUCAGUUUCGGUCAUCUGAAAUUCAGUUUAUGGGUAGCAUAAUCGGUGAAGGGAAAGUACAACCGUUGGACAAAGACGUUCGAGCAAUCACUGAAAUGCCUAAACCGCAAUGUGUUGCUGAUGUCACUCGACUUCUAGGUUUGUUGAAAUAUCUAGCGAAGUACAUUCCAAAUCUGUCACGGCGUACUGCGAAUCUUCGUAAGCUUACUCAUCAUGGUGCGGAAUGGUUGUGGACUUCUGAGCAUGACAAAGAGUUGGAUGAUAUUCUCUCGUCAAUAACCAAAGCACCAGUUCUAGCUAUUUUUGACCCAACAAAGCCAUGUACGAUACAAACUGACAGUUCCAAGGAUGGAUUAGGCUGUGUUCUACUUCAAGAUCAUGGGCCAGUAGCUUUUGCCUCACGCACCUUGUCCCGUAGUGAGCAAAAAUGGGCACAAAUCGAAAAAGAGCUCCUUGCUGUGGUUUUUGCUUGUUCACGUUUUCACUAUUUUUUGUACGGCCGUGAUUUUGAAGUUCAGUCCGAUCACAAACCUCUUGAGGUACUCAUCAACAAGGACAUAGAUGAAGUCUCCUCACGCCUGCAGCGGAUGUUCUUGAAGCUUCUUAGAUACCCAGGGAUGUCUAUUGUAUACACAGCAGGAAAAUAUAUGUUGGUUGCAGACUGUCUAUCGCGAGCUCCUUUGCCCGAAACUGGAGGAAAUGAUGUUCAAAUGGAAGGUGUAGUUCAUUCUCUAGUCAAACGAGCAUGUAUGUCCGAAGAUAAUCUGAAUCUUUACCUUAAUGUACUCAAAAAUGAUGAACGAUAUUUGCGUAUCGUUCAAUACGUUGAACAGGGUUGGCCGUCAUACCACAAGCUAGAUGAUCUCAGUCAGAUGUUAUAUAGGUAUCGCCAUGAACUUCAUUACGAAAAUGGUUUGUUGUUCAAGGACCAUCGGCUUGUUAUUCCGACAAAAUUGCAAAGUUUGAUUUGUAAGUGGCUUCACGGACCGCAUCUUGGAAUAGAAAAAACGUUGGCUAGAGCAAGAAUGCAGUUCUUCUGGCCCGGAAUGACCAACGACAUCACGGAGAUGGUCAAAAUGUGUGUGACUUGCGAACAAUUUCAGCGGAAUAAUCAAAAGGAGCCACUUAAACAGGACGAUUCUCCGGAGUACCCAUUUCAGAGUGUGUCAACGGAUAUUUACGAGUAUGGUGGUCGGAAUUGGUUGGUAAUCAUUGACGCCUACUCAGGAUUCAUUUGUUCCGAUUCACUCCCAGAUAAAUCAAUGCGCAACGUCUGCUUAUUGUUCGAUAAGUUUUUCAAUUCGUACGGGUAUCCUACUCAAGUUCGUUGUGACAACAACCCAUUCAACUCGAUGGAAUGUGAACAAUAUGCAAAUAAGAACAAUAUGAGGUUUACAUUCUCUAGUCCGCGCUAUCCCCAGAGCAAUGGCUUGGCGGAGAAGGCUGUUGCAAUAGCGAAGAACAUUUUGAAACGAUGUUAUGAACUCGGUGAAGUUGACCAAUUCCAGUAUCGUCUCCUUGAGUAUAAUACAACCCCCAUUGCCGGAAUGCAUUUAACGCCAAGUCAAAUGUUCUUCGGAAGGCAGGUAAAAACGCGUUUACCUGUAGAUGAGUCUCUUUUGGUUCGGAAAAGCAUAUCAGAGGAUGUUAUUCGCGAUAAGUUUGAUCGUAAGCGGGCUGUACAGAAGGAAAACUAUGAUAAAACAGCAAAGCCGUUGAUGCCGCUUAGUGUUGGUGACAGGGUUAUUUUCAAGAAAUGUUCAAAAGAAUGGCAGCAUGGUACAGUUACUCGUGAUGUUAACGGUCGUUCCUAUAUAAUCAGAGAUGGAUUUGGAAACCACUUCAGACGUAACCGAAGGUUCAUCAAGCGAACUACGAAUGGUGGUUCCGAACUUCGAGAUGUGCCAGUUGAAGAUCAUCACAUCGAGUAUUCUCAUAAUCAUGAACAAAAUCAGAAUGAUCCUUUCAAUCUACCCCCUGCGCCUCGGCACGAUGCUGUCGAUCGACCAUCCUCUUCCAUUGUUCGGCCUCAGUUGACGGCAACGAAUUCUAACGGAACUAGUGAAACCUUUUCUAGAGCGUUGUCUCCAACUAUGGCAUCUAUUCCUAAUCACGAAACAAUCAUUGCCCCUGAGUUGUCCCAGCCUCCCUCCCCUUUGCAGGAUGUUUCUGUUCAAGACUCUCAAGUUGAAUGUCGCACCAGCCGUAGUGGUCGUCCGGUCAAAACUCCACAACGUUACGGAGAAUGGCUCUAUUGAUUUGAAAGGAAAGCGUGUAAAGAUAUUCAUCUGUCUUUAUAUCUAUGGUCACCACAUUCUAUUCGCGUUACUAACACCAAUGUGCACUGCCGUAGGAUGAACUAACCUAUACAUUUAUAGCUAGUGCAGGACCGCGUCACUCCUUCAACAUUUUCCUCAGUUGAGCUUGUACCGUUAGACUGAAUAAACGUACUUCGUAAAACUAGUCUGCGAUCUUUUAAACAG